CAGGACUUGCGGGCUUCGGAAACGAGCUGCACCUGCUUUAGAUGAAUUAUGGUAGAACUGGAAGUAACUCUCUCUCUCUCUUUCUCUCCUACCCCUCCCACCCAGCGCUCAAGUCACAUCUCCAGUACAGACGCAACCCCUGUGAUUAGAGGCAGCUCUGCCCAUCUGAAUGGGACAGCGAGAGGAGGGACCCGCGACAGAGAUUGACUCCCCAGCCUCCCCCGCCCGCCCUUGAGACUUCCAUUGAGGAAAUCGGAACAGGAGAAGGGGGGUGAAGGAAGAAGAAGCGGACCUCCCCCCCUUCAACUUCCCACCAUAAGAGAGAAGAAAGCGGUUCAAAGCCUUUGGCAAGAGAAAAGUGCUGCUAGCAAGUCAUGAUGGUUGAAUCUGCCUCUGAGACAAUACGUUCCACUUCUUCCAGUCAGAACGGAGUCAGCAAUCUAAACAACCCAACUGAUGGAGGUGGCGGCGGCGGUGGGUGUGGAAGAGAGGGCGGAGCCAGCGGAGAAACCAAUGGAGAGAUGAGCCCCGUGGAACUCCUCCAUUUUCAGCAGCAGCAGGCUCUUCAGGUGGCACGGCAGUUCCUUCUGCAGCAGGCAACAGGCCUGAACUCUCCUAGCAACAAUGAAAAUAAGCAGCCAGCUGUCCAGGUCCCAGUGUCUGUUGCCAUGAUGUCUCCUCAGAUGAUCACACCACAGCAGAUGCAACAGAUCCUGUCUCCUCCCCAGCUUCAGGCACUUCUGCAGCAGCAGCAAGCAAUUAUGCUGCAACAGCUGCAGGAAUACUACAAGAAGCAACAGGAGCAACUUCAUCUGCAGCUACUGACUCAGCAGCAAGCUGGAAAGCAGCAAGCCAAAGAGCCAUUAGGGAAUAAGCAGCUGGCAUUCCAACAACAGCUACUGCAGAUGCAGCAGCUGCAGCAACAGCACCUGUUAAACCUCCAACGACAAGGGCUGGUCAGUUUACAGCCAGGACAAGGCACCGUUCCUCUGCAGACCCUUCCACAAGCUGUUUGUCCCUCAGACCUUCAACAGCUGUGGAAAGAGGUGACUGCUACUCAGCCUGUAGAAGAUAGCAUCAAGCAAGAGGGACUUGACCUGACCACCAACACCUCCAAUUCUACCUCGUUUUUGGCCGCCAAGGCCUCUCCUCCAAUUUCCCAUCACCCUCUCUCCAAUGGACAGAACGCCAUGCUCACACAAAGGAGGGACAGCUCUUCUCACGAGGAGACUCCUGGCUCUCACCCUCUGUACGGACAUGGAGAGUGUAAAUGGCCUGGUUGUGAAACCCUCUGUGAGGACUUGGGACAGUUUGUCAAACACCUCAAUACAGAACAUGCACUUGAUGACCGAAGCACAGCUCAGUGUCGAGUUCAAAUGCAAGUGGUACAGCAGCUGGAAAUACAGCUAGCUAAAGAGAGUGAGCGUCUCCAAGCAAUGAUGGCCCAUCUCCAUAUGAGACCUUCAGAGCCAAAACCCUUCAGUCAGCCUCUGAACCUGGUUUCUAGCGCCACCCUCUCCAAGAGCACUUCUGAUACCUUCCCUGAUGGAUUACCUCAUCCCCCCACCUCUGCUACCGCACCCAUUACUCCAUUACGGCAGGGUCCUUCUGUCAUCAGCUCAUCCACUUUACACAGUGUAGGACCCAUUCGCAGAAGGAACUCAGAGAAAUUCUGCACACCAAUCUCGUCAGAGCUUGCACAGAAUCAUGAGUUUUACAAGAAUGCAGAUGUCCGCCCCCCCUUCACAUAUGCCUCACUUAUCCGGCAGAUUCACCAACGGAUGUUUGCCUACUUUAGAAGAAACACAGCUACCUGGAAGAAUGCUGUACGCCACAACCUGAGCCUGCAUAAGUGCUUUGUACGAGUGGAGAACGUCAAGGGAGCUGUCUGGACCGUAGAUGAACAUGAGUACCAAAAGAGAAGGCCACCAAAGAUGACAGGGAGUCCGACUUUAGUCAAAAACAUGAUUUCUGGCCUUAGUUAUGGAGCACUUAAUGCCAGUUACCAGGCAGCUUUGGCAGAAAGUAACUUCCCUCUUCUGAACAGCCCCAGCAUGAUCAACACAAGUUCCACUAGUGGCAUGCUGCAUGUUGGUCAUGAUGACGUAAGCAGCACUGUAGAACAAGUCAACAGUAAUGGCAGCAAUAGCCCCCGACUUUCACCACAACAGUUCAGCCAUCAAGUUCAUGUGAAGGAAGAACCGGCCGAAACAGAGGAUGACAGCAGACCUGUUUCUCUUAUGGCCACAACCAAUCAGAAUGUGACGAUUCCUGAUGAAAGAGACCUGGAGGAGGAAUUGCCAGUGGAAGACUUGUCUUAAGGGCCCUCCCUCCUCAUCUAGGGCCCAGCACUUCCCCAGAGACAAAGCAAUGGCUCCCACCUCCUCAAGGUGACCCUCAGCGUUAUCUUGUUUAAGGCACUUCUGCAAAGCAAAAGGGUUUCCUUGGGUCUACCCAUUGCUGAAGGCACACCUUUCUUUUCCCCUCUGUUGCAUCACAGUGACUCUUAAAAAGACAUUCACAGAAGGGGAUGUACAAAGAAAAAAAAAUACCAGAGUUGAGCUUUUUUCCUUCCUUUCUUUUUAGAUUUUUUUUUAAAUUUGUAAUUGGUGAACGAGGAUGGUAGGUUGUUUCUGUCCGAAGACUUUUUUGUUUCUCCCCCCCCCCCAUCACCCCACCCCUGUGGUGAUAAAAAGAAGGUGUCUCGUAUUGUCUGCUCUGUGUUCUGUCGUUUUCAGCUCAAAUGCUGUGUUCCCACAAAUCAAGAUUUUGGAAGCAUCCAGUCUGACAGGGGGCAGCAUCCAAGCCAUGAGCCUCUGUGAAUGUUCCCCAUUGUUCCUUGGAAAGUAUUUCCAGUAGCUUGCCAGUUAAUCCCACUGAGAACUUUGCACUAGGAGGAAUCUUUUCACACAAUCUCCCCCUGAUCCAUCUAGCAUCAUCUAUACAUUCUGGAACAGGAGCUGGAAACAAGACCCCCCCCCCCCCCCCUGCAGUGGCCAUGAUGUUUCUGUUCAUUUCCUGACUGAGAGAGAAACAACAAUUCACAAUAGGUACAGUUCAUACGUUGUAGGUCAGCAAGUAGCCAAGGGGUCUCUCACAUGUAAAACCACUUGGUUAUUCUCUCUCCAACCUGUGUUUGUGCCUCUCUUUCACUCUCUCUUGCAAGUUCAAGAAGCAGUUGUGCUUGACAGCUGGUCUUCAGUCCAUAAAAGUUUACUCAUCAACGAAGCCCAGGAAUGAUUGUCCAUUCCAUGCCAUCACAUUUUGUGAAACUUUGCAAGAAGCCAAUACCUUGACAAUUGGAAAUCAAGCUGAUGAAGGUCCUGCAUGAGACUGAAUUCGUGGUGUGAUUAACCUUCGCAAGCUAAAACAUUUGCUCCCUCUUCCUAGCUUCCAUUCUGUCCCUUCCAUUUUAAAAAGAGUUCUCUGAUGAUGAGGCCAGAGAGAGAAGAAAUGUAGAAGUGGGGAGAAGUAGUGAGAAGUAGAAAGGCCUAGUAGGUAUGAGUGAAGUUGACUUUGCAAAUCUGAAGCACUUGGGUUGGGGGGAGGAAAGGGAAAAGAAGGGCCAGUGUAUGUGGCUGUUGAAACAAACCAAGAGCUGGGUGACCAUGCAAAAUUCAGAGCAAUAUAUAUAUAUAUAUAUAUAUAUAUAUAUAUGUAUAAAUAUAAAUUUAUAAAGAGAGAUUAUAUAUGUAUGGUCAACAAAACCUUUAAUUUGUGACCAAACACAGCAAAGCUUUGAAGCACUUGGCUCCUCUUAGCCAUUAGCAAAUCUAGUGCAGAUACAUCCAGGCCCCACAUCCAACAUGUUAUUAAUACCUAGACAGAAACUACUAAUAAGAGGGAACAAAAGUUUAUAAAAUGUUAAGUAGAUGAAAGUACAUAAUUCAGGUGAGCAAGCAGUGUUAACCAAAAAGCUUUCCAGCAUCCGUUGAUUCCCCACCUACCCCCAGUUCAUUGUAUGGUUGCCUCGCAUCUCAAUACAGGGAAAAUGUCUCUGCAACAGGUUUCCAAAGCUUCCUUGCAUGACAGAACAAACUCUAUCUUGUUGAUGCUUCCCAAAGCUCCUCUUGUUACUACAGAGAUUGGCGCAUGGCGGUAAAUCUGAGGUGACUGUAGAGUUCGAGUUUGGUGAGUGAAGGAAAAUGGGUACUGUGCUCCUGAUUCUGAAGCUGACCCAUAUGUAUCUUGCCUCAUAUCUAACUUGCAUUCAAGACCUACCUGCAGCACAGAAAUUUUAGUUGCCCAGUGCUUGUUGAUUGCUCCAAGCACGUUCAGUUCAGGGGACAAUUAGAAUGAGGAGAAAUAUAUUUUGAGUAAGAAGGUAGUUCAGCUACUCAAAACAAAGUCUGUUUCUGCCUGUACAGUGUAUUCUAAUGGUGUUGAAACUCCUCAAACAGCAGAAGUCCUUUUUGUCACAGAGCGCCAGGCACCGGGAGAGAACCCUGUAGCCCACAUCCCCCGCAAGAAAUUGUUAGCAAUAAUGGCAGAUAGGAUUCCUGUAAUCCAAGGUGAUCCAAACUUUGACCAAGAUGAGUUCAAGCGAACAGUUUUUGCUGGUUUGAACUCACAGACUUUAUUUAAAGGACACUUUCAGUGGCUGACAGGUCAUGAUGACAAUCCCCCUCUUUAAUCCCCAGGUUUAGCUCAGAGGGGUACAGUAAACCAACUAGCAUUCCUUGAGACUUUUAACUUCUCUUAAGAAUACAGGUCAGCAUUCUUCCUAUAUAACCCUGAUUCCGUGGUAGAUCAAUAAUGGCUGGAAUCAAACUUCUUGUUCUAGCCAAGAUGGAUUGUGCUCCCUAAGAGUAACAACUUCUCUAAAGCCAUUUAGCAGAGUCCUCUGAAGUCAGCCUGCUCCAUUUAUCUGAUGGACAUAUCUCCUAGAAAGAUCCCCGGUCAGUCAUGCUAACAAUUUUCUGUCUUAAAUUCCAGUAUGGUACAUGGCAUGGUCUCUGCCACCUUCUUGACCCAUUUCCCUUUUUUCCUUUAAGGAUUUUGCUAACAAAAUAAGACUUUAACCCUUCAUUCAGACCAUUUCCUGUUGCUUUAUGUUUGAGAGAUUAUUUUUAUCUAAGCAAUUGUAUUGUCCUUUAACUCACAUAAUUUUUACUUCCUUACUAAAGUAUUCCUUCAAAUGACAUGUUGAAUUGUUCAAGGUUCUGGCAAAUCUAGACAGUCAAAAGCUGGGAGAAUGAAAAUACUCUCCCUUCAUUCUUGAAUUACAACUGCAAAAAUACAGGAAUGUCAUAGUCUUCACUCAGAAAACUACCAGUUGGAAGUUUCAAUUUCCUGGAGCCUACACUAGAGGUCUCUGCUGAACAUGCAUUUCCUCUCACUCUCUUUCCUAGUGUUUCCAAUAGACAGCAAAAUUGGAAGGAUUACCUAGAAGAGCUGAGGAAAUGGCUCUGAUUUGAAGGGAACUAGACUAUUUCUAUACUGGCAAAGAGGCAAUCUUUAAGCUGCAGUAAUUUUGAAAAUGACCAUGCUUAAGGGAUGUCAAUCAAAUUGAAGAAACAUACAGGAGGCCUCCAGAGAGACUGUUCACAGCCAGCAAGUGGUUUGAUCUUCAGAGACAGCCAAGAUUGGAAUGUGGAAGCUGAGAACACCUCAAAGCCCCAUUUGACUAUCCAUCUAUCACUCCCAAGUCCAGCUGAACUCCAGAAGCCACCCAUCAUUAGUCUGGAUAAAUCCAUACCACACCUCGCUUCUCUUGGGACCACUUUUAAAUGCCUCCUUAACAACCCUCUACAGAAUGCUUUACAAUUGGCUUAACUGUUGACCAAAGACCUUUCUUAGACAAGAAGCAUAAACCAAAAUACUUCCUUUUCGUUCAUUGCUUUUAUUCUGAUUUUUUCCCCAACAGGCAUUGGCCAAAAAAGAUAAAUUCACAAAGAUCCUACACCCCAAGCCCUUUGUCACUUUCUUUUGACUUUUAAGUUAUUAUUUAAACCAAAGUUUACAGGUGCUGUUUUGUAUGUCUUCAAUGAAGGUAGGCCAGAAUCACAGAUUGCUGCUUUGUUUGCUGUUUGUUUUUAACCAAGGGUACACUGUGGAUCCUAGAUAGGGUUUGCAUUCCAUGGGUCACUUCUGAACCUCUUUCCAUCUCACUUUUGUCCUUCACAUGUCAUAGCUGCCUUAGUUUCAGCUCUUUACUUUUCAGCAGUUGUUUUCUGCAACAUUUGAUAAAUUUUUCAACUAUUGUCUCUCUCUGUUCAUUUCAAAAGGCAUUGUUAUCCUUAUCCCUUUAUCUCAGUUAAUUCCACAAUGAUUGGGGAACCAAAUCUGUUAUUUGGAGACAUCAACCGGACAAAGAUACGUUUGUUUAUGGUGAUUCAUUUUAGCCCUUCAAGGUAUUAUGAGUCCCCCUACACAUUUCAUAGAAUAAAGUGGUAGAAUUCUGAACUGUCCUGUUUCAAAUUGGGUGUGGUGUGUGUGUGUGGAGGGGCAAUGUCAUAUUUUUGCAAAUGUAUCCUUUUGUUAAACUUGAUAGUUUACUAAACUAUUGCAUUGGGAAGAAAGCUGAAGAGUUGUCUUUCUGCUGCAGUACUUUAUUAUAUGCAAGGAAUUUGUAAAGUGAGCAUAACAAAUUUGACAUUCUAUAUCCCUACAACCUGAAAUGGCACCUUCCAGAAAUUUACAACCUCAUUCUGUGCAGUGUGUAAAUUUAUUCUCACAAAAUCAUGAUGAAUCACUAUAGUCUUCUAUUGAAUUACUCUGCCAACAACUCCAAAAUGGAGUGCCUGUUCCCCAGUGUUACACUUUUCCCCCUUUCCAUUCAUUCCUACUGAUGCAGCUGCUUUGUUAUCUGUUUGAACUCUUCAAAGAUGCCACCAUCUUGACUCACUGACCUCAGUCUGUUUAUAAUCCUGCCUGGUACAAUAUUCAUUCUGUGUGUUGGGCACCCGCAGCUGGUCCUGAGCUGCCCUGUAUAUAUGUUGUUCUGCCAGUAUUAACAUGGUGUUUCCUGGUACUGUGUACAGUCAAGGUCUGAACUGUAACCAUUCCCACUUGUGGGAUUCUCUCUCUCUAGAAAUAUAAUUGUCUCUGUUUAAACCAAAACCUUUGCCUUCCUGUUUGGGUUUGUUCACCUUGACCUAAUUAAGUGGGUCCAAGAAAAGAGUGCAUGGUGCUCAUGGGUUAUAUGUUUACCACCCACUAUCCCAAAUCAGUAGAAAGAGAAAUAACUUAUGGUAAAUUGUUGCUUUAGUGUUGGUUACACAACAAUCAGUUUAUUAAAAUGGUAAAACUUUGCCCAAAUUGUGUCAGUUGGGGAUGCAAAUAGGAAAUCCAUGUUUGAUUGCUCCCUAAUUGAGGGUGGGUCUAAGAUAUCAUUGUUAUCUGGAAGAAAGCUAAGCUGAAUUCUUCUCUCUGAUUUCUUACUUUUCUUCCUCAGAGGAGCCAUUCAAACAUGCAGCACCCCUUCUGUAUAUUCACAUACCUGCAACCUGAAGUAGGUGCAGUUCAGGAAAAGCUUUCCAACAGAAUCAGAGUAUAUCAAAAAGCAAUUGGAUCCAGAGAUGAAACAAUCCUGGUGGUUUCAACUGAUUUCCAUUGCAAUGGUAUUGACUUACCAAUAAUGGCUAAUCUAGGGAUCCCAGUUCCUAGUUUCAUCCAGAAUGAAUCUUUUCUAGUCCAUAAUACACUCUUUGCCAUUUCUGUCAAUUGUAACCCCUCUCCAUAAGGCAGUAUUAAUGUAUACAUUCAGACAACCGUUCUAAGCCAAGUUUUCACUGAACUUUAAUAUUGUGGCUUGAGCCAAAAAGACUAGAGGAGGAGGGGGUCUCACAUGAUUGAAUGUUCUUCCAUACAAAACAUAUUUUCCUUCCACUGCUUUGAAGGGUUCAUUCUGAUGCUUGGUUUUCCAUCUGUAGCAAUAUUUUUUUAGAAAGGCUUUCAAGCAUGCAAGCCCGUAGGUAUGAAGUGAUUCAAUAUAGGUACAGGCUUACUGUAUCAGUAAAAACUAAGCCAUAGUUUAAUCAUAAAAAGAGAACUGAGUAUACUGAUUGAUGAUGGAAAUUAUUAGUGUUUGGUUCCUCAACAAGUAAUCCUCACCUUAUAGAUUGCCAAACGGGCCCACAGUCCUUGUUUGUGAUCAACAGGCUUUAAAACAUUGGAUGUGCUGUUCUCCAAUAUCACUGCCUUGCUUGUUGAAACCAGGAUUUUGCUACAGACUUGGCAAGAUCAGAUAUGUAUGUAUGUAUGUAUAUAAAUACAUCACUGUGCGGUUUGACUUUGUUUUGACUCUCUCUAGCUUUUGAAUAAAUUCUUGGUCUUGAUAGGAACUAGCAUGUACCUCUGAGUUUUGAAUAAUAAAAGAUGAGCUUUUGAAGACUGGGGCACAAUAUCAAACUUAUAUCAGUGGACAUUUUAAUAGCUUUUAAUGUAAAGCCAUUCUUUCUCUAUUUUUCAUUCCUUCUCCAUAUUGGGGGUUCUUUUUUUUUAAGUUCCUGCCUUUUGUAGUAGACACUUCUUACAACUGAAAUCUGACAUAAACUUUUAUAACUUAACAUUGUAAAAUGGCACUGACCAGUCCCUGUAAAACAGUGUAAUGCAAAGCAAGAGUGUUUUGAUCUUUACAUCUUUUAAGUUCAAGUCAGUGACACAGUGUCUCACACACAUGUAUAUGGGGGCCUCGAUUAUAGAUUUCCAUGUGUCCUUUUUUUUGGUCCACUUACAUAUAUUAAACAACAAAGAUCAUCUCUUGUAGAACUGCAAACACUGUCAACAGAGCAGCCAACCACAUAUUUAUUCAUAUCAGUAGCAGGUUUCCUGUUGGCUUCCCCUGUCAAUAGAUCAAGGUCUACCCAUCCCACAGGAUGUUACUGACUAGUAACAAGCAAUAUGUUCUUUCAUUCAGCUUUAAACUUUUUUGACUAACUCUGACCCAACCCCUAAAGGGACACUAAGUAAAGAAUGUAGUUCAGUAUCAAUGAAGCAAGGUGUUCACUAAGACUGAUUUUGGAAAUUAUUGUGCUCUACCUUGCCUUAAAGAAGGGAAACAUGCUGUGAUAAUUUUCACAUUGUGUGAACUGUUAAAAAGGAGAUUAAAAAUUUGUUAGCAACCUUUUCUCUUUUGUUGUUUAAAUCUGAUUAAGUUAACCUUACAUGAUCUCUUAAGUGCAGACCUGGGCUUUGAAUGUUCUAAAAUUCUUUUGUUUGAAACCCAGGGAAGGUUUAUAUAUAUAUAUAUAUUCAGCCUGUCUCAGGCCACUUUAACAAAAGCUAGUAACAAACUCUUUAGAACCAAUCAACAGCAUCAGACAUAGUUGAGAUGGCUAAGAUGUAAGCAGCUCUAGGAAAUAAUAACCAGUGUACCCUGCUCAUGUUCUUGGGUACAGGGUGUGUACAUUUCUCUGGAUUUAUACUAGUGUAAUAGUAAAAGACAAAAGUACCCAGGGAUUUUUUUAAAAAUACUCCACGUAAUGGAAGGAUAUGAUUUUCCUAGUAUGGGCAGAAUAAGUUUGGGCAAUAUAAUUUUUCCUGGCUCCUUUCUGACAAAAAUCAGACUGUAAAAUGGGAGAGACAUUAACAUAUACUCCACAGUGACUGAAUCUUCUGGCCAAACCUGUACUGAAGUCAUGUUUUCAUUUGCAAGGUUUAUCUCUUUGGCAUUGCAAAACUGUAGUCCUAUUCCAGGGACUUGUAGCCACCUGGCCUUUGCUUUCUUGUGGCAGAUUCCAAAAGUCAUUCUAUUUCUGUUCAAUUACUUGAACAAUAAUGCCACUUUUUAAAAGGCACCCGAUAUGUACACCUAUGGAACUGAAAAAAAUGAAUGUAAGAAACCAUCGUGUAAACACCCAUUGCAUUUAUUUGGCUUCUUCCACAUCAUCAGAAAUUCAUAUUGUAUUAUUAUUUUUCCACAAGUCAUCUUGGAAGAAUUGUAUGGAAGUAUGAUUUAUUUUAGUUGGCUUGAAGCUGUUAUGGUUUUGCUCUAUUCUUUCCCUCCCCCAACCCAAUUAUUGGGCCAUCAGCAUAGCUGGCAUUGCUCUUAGACGUCUUUUUCUUUGCCUGCAAUUAUCAAGGCAUUUCUAACUGUCCUUGAGGUUCUGCUAUUUUAGGUACACCUGAUUUACACACACAGCUGUUCACAACACACUAUUUCACUCAAAAUUACAAAUAAAACUUGUAUUUAAAAUGUCAUGGCUUUGUUGUUACCUCAAAAUGAAUUUUAAAGGAGUAAUGUGGGAAAGACCAAACUCGUAGCAGGAUAGUGUGUGUAUGUAUAUAUUGAUAUAUAUGCUGGUUGAAAACUUACUAAAAGUAGAUUGUUGUCUGUUUAACUAUCCUGUGAUGAAACUAAUGCAGGGAAUAUUUUAGGAAGGGUUUUUUUCCUUGUUCUGGAAUUUAGGAAGCCAUUCUUGUAUCUCUGUUUGACUUGACUUGGAUGCUGUUCCAACUUUCUAUGUUAUCUUUGGGCUUUCCUCCCUGUAAACUAGCUGGUAGAAAUGGUGAGGGUAGGAGGGCCGGAGAGACCAUUGAAGAAAGAAAGAAAGAAAGAAAGAAAGAAAGAAAGAAAGAAAGAAAGAAAGAAAGAAAGAAAGAAAGAAAGAAAGA